GGAACAAUAUGCACCAUGGCGUCAUUUUCAAGAAGAAAAAGAAAGACAAAAACAUGUAACGGCAAUGAUAGAAGAAAUAUACAAUGAUUUGAAGAAAGAAGUAAAACAAGGAAAAGAUUUGACUUUAUCGAAAUAUGAUAUGACUAUUUUACUUGAAAGGAAACUCGGAGAAUUACCUUCAUCCUUAGAUGUUGAAAAUAUGUGGAUGGAUCGUUUUCGUUUGCCUCUUGUUAAAUGGCUUGAAUAA